AUGACAUUCAGACAGACGCUACAGGGCCUGAUCGACAAGGCAGACAAGGCAUGGGAGGAAAGAAGCCAUCACGCCCCUCCGCCGGUACCGUCGUAUAACAAGCCUCCCCCACCGCCAAUUCCAACCUCUAGCAAACCCCCACCAGCUUAUCAGGAACAGCACUCGCGACCCCAGAUCUACUGGCAGCCCAAUUUACAUCCCGAAGCGCCGGUUUCCACCAACUUUUACCACGAGCAGGGCCAACAUGGAUGGGGAAACAAUGAGUCGCAGAAUUACACCGACAGUCCGCAAAACUCAUUCCAUACACCCCAGGGCGAUGCGGUGAUCGUGCGCGCUCUAAUUAACCACGGGCAUCCAGAUCCCACCCAGAAGUUCACCAGCGCCAGGCUGUCGAGUCACCAGACCCUCGGCAGACCACGGGGCUGUCUGUCAGCCAGAAUUACAGCGCCGGUAGCCCGAGGCAUCUGGCCCGCUUUUUGGCUGCUGCCUAAAGACCCCUUCAAGUGGCCUGACGAUGGUGAAGUCGACAUUAUGGAGGCGUGGAACGGCGACGCCGUUAAUCACACUUGUCUGCAUUGGGGCCACUUCAACGGCCAGGACUGGAACAAGCAUCGCGUCCUCGAAACCCCCAUCCCCAUGAUCAGCUCGCCGGCGGGGGUGAGGUAUGAUUUUAUCUGGGACGAAGACGAAACAACGGGCAAGGGGCGUUUGGUCUGGUUGAUUGACGGCAAGCCCAUCAUGAGGGCUGAAAAGCCGCCUGGAACGAGGAAGAUGACUGAGUUCAGAAUACUCAUCAACAUUGCUGUUGGAGGAAAUGUCUGUCAGGGAAAUAUGCCCAGUGACGGAUACUACGACACAGUGGUUCGGGAGUUGGCCAUGUGGGACGCACCACCUGGGGGCUGGGAAGAGUUCGACAGGGCUUGGAGGCAUUCCAAAGAUGGCAAGACCAUGUAA